AUGGCUAAAGCAUGGACUCAAGGCGACCAAAACGAGUCAACGAAAAUCAAUAUAGAUCUUGAUUCUGAUGAUCUAGUAGAACCCACUUAUGAUCCAGAUCAACUUCAGAUGACGAACGUGACCAGAAUAGUGAGAAAAUUGCGUAAAGUUCCACGGGAUUUUCCGUUUGGCAGCGGUAUUGUAUUUUCUAAAAAUGUUCAUGUAGGAACUUCAGAAGCUGAACAAUUUGCUGCUCUUGAUCAUUAUAGGAAUACUAGGCGUCGUGAAGUUCGUGGUGAUCCUGAUCGUUAUUUAAAUCCUAGAUCUCGCGACAUUGCCGAUUUUACUCUUCGUUACCUUCAAAAUAAGUAUCAGGAAGUUACUGAUGAUGAUGAUCCUGAUGAUGAUGAUCCUGAUGAUGAAUUCAAUACUAAGCGUGGUGAAGUUACUGAUUAUCCUCCUCCUGAUCAUUAUUUUAAUCCAAGACGUCGCGAAGGUAGUGAUUAUCCUAAUCCUUAUAUUAAAACUACACGUCGUGAAGCUACUUAUUAUCUUCAUCCUCAUCGUUAUCUUAAUACUAAGCGACGUGAAGUUAUUAAUGAUAAUAAUCCUGAUCGUGAAUUUAAAACUAAGCGUCGUGAAGUUACUGAUGAUUCUGGUCCUGAUCGUCAUUUUAAUACUGAGGGUCGUGAAGAUCGUGAAGUUUGUGAUGAUAAUGAUCCUAAUCCUGACCCCGAUGCUGCUCCUGAUCGUCAUUUUAAUUCUGGUGAUGUAUGUCUUUGUGAGAAACACUAA